GACGCGAUGACGGAGGCCCGGGACGGUCUCACAUUCCGAAUUCCCUGAGGGCACGACGAUAAGCCCGGUGCUGAACGUUAUGUUUUCGACACCCACACUCUCACACGACCCCCACGGUUUUAAAGGCUAAAGCGUGUUUUAGCCUCGUGCUUCGCUCAGACCCGCCUCUUCGUCGUCUAUCACAACAUUGCAGUGAAAUCUUGCAGGAGGUCUGAACGUGCUGGAUAGUCGGACAUGGCAUCCGUAGGGUACCUCAUCUAUGCGGGCAUUAUGCCCUUGAUCAAGAUGUUCUUCACGAUUCUGUUUGGGUACAUCCUGGCGAGGAAGGGCCUCUUUCCUCCAGCUGCGUCAAGAGGAGCAUCGCAAGUGACGAUGAAUGUCGCCCUUCCGGCUCUGAUCUUCUCGUCGAUCGUACCAGCAUUCACGCCUUCGAACGUCUCCGCGAUCGGACCUCUCGCCCUCGUAGCGGUCAUUUACGUCCUCAUCGGAUUCACUUUUGGUAUUCUCAUCCGAGAGUUUUGUUACGUGCCGAGGAAUUUCUGGCAGGGUUUAGUGGUGGCGACUGGUAUGAGCAACUGGGGUAACUUGCCUACUGCUGUCGUUAUCACCGUAACGGCUCAGGCGCCCUUCAACUCGUCAACUGACCCAGACCUUGGAGUGUCGUUUGUGGCCAUUUUCAUCAUGGUAUACCACCUCGUAUUUUGGGUUGCUGGAGCAGCAGCCUCGCUCGCUUGGGAUUAUGCUCCCGGAGUCCCGCAAGGCGAAGAGGCUGAAGUUCGACUUUGCUGGAAGCAGAAACCCAUCGGUUCAUGGAUUUGUCGACGCAUUCUACAUCAACCUAAAGGAAAAGACCUGGAGAAAGCGACGCCUUCUUCCGCUGUAGAGGCACCGGUAGCUUCCACGAGCAACAAUAACAAGAACGACAUGAUCCCCGAAAACCUCGAUCAGGACCCGGAUAUCCAACUCGCGAGACGUACAUCACAUCUCUCCGCGGCGACGUCUUUCCGUUCACGUCGUCCAUCCGCCGGCAUCCUCCCACUUCCCAACCUCCACUCCGGUGCACCACCAAACGCGCCACCGCCUUCGCUCGCAGACACCUCGUCUUCUGUCGAGUCUCAAUUAGAUCGGCCAUCACAUUCACCAUCGUUCUUGGAAAAGGUCAAGAGGGUCGUCAAACCGUUGACCACGGUGGUAACACCGAUUACCCUCACAUUAGCGAUAUCGCUGCCUAUCGCGCUCGUUCCGGAGUUGAAAGCACUGUUCGUCGACGCCACAGCUUCAGGUGGCCCAGAUUGGACAGGACCUGACGGACAACCGCCACUCGUCUUCGCCAUCGAGACAGCGGAAUUUGUCGGACAAAUCACCGUACCCAUGGCCCUGAUCCUCCUCGGUGCCUCCUUUGCCCGCAUGAAAAUUCCACGACCUCUCUCUCGACUCCCAAUCCCAGCCAUGAUCCUCUGUUCACUAGCGAAAAUGGUGCUGCUGCCGGUCAUCGGCGUGUUCAUGGUGCAGGCGAUGGUCAGGGGAGGGUUGAUCCCCAAGAGCAGUAUCGUUGAGAUCUUUGUGGCGAUGUUCUUGAGUGGGACGCCGAGUGCUGUCAAUCAGUUGAUUGUUUCGGCACUGUAUUCACCAGACGGAGACACGGAUACGUUGUCUAUGUUCCUUCUCGUCCAAUAUGUCUUCAUGUUUCUAUCCUCUGCUAUCCUCACCGCUGUAUCGCUAUGGAUCGUCGAGAAAUAAACGAAUCAUGCCAGGCCAGACUGCCCGCCUGUUGGAGAUAUAUAUAUUAUAGACCGGGCACUCGACAAGUCCCCGACCGUGUGACGUGGCCAGAUUAGAGGCCACGGUGCGGAAUUGUGGGCUACAUAGAUGUCGCAUGGGGUUACGCACCAAGGACGAGAGCGCUCCGCCACUUCCACGUCCUCGUUUCCUUCGAGUCGUACGAGCAACCUGUAGCUAUAAACGAGCGCAUUGCACUGCCGUAUUGUUAGGACCGCGCUGCGAGCCGUCCCUUGUUGUCAUCAAUAUGUAUCGGACUUACAAC